AUGUCCCAGCUUCUCGCAAGAGCAACGUACCUGGCAUUCUUCCAUCCACUGGCAAGAUAUCCAGGCCCCUGGAUUGCCAAGUUCACCAAUGCCUAUGCGGCAUACCAUGCUUGGAAAGGCGAUAUUCAUCUGGACAUGUGGCGAUGCCAUCAGCGAUACGGCGACCACGUUCGGUACGGGCCCAGCCGGCUUAUUUUCAACACCACCGAGGCUCUCCGGGACAUCUACAGCACCAGUGGCAAUUCCAAGGUCGUAAAGGCUAGCGCAUACGAACCGCUAGUUCACCGUGCGCCCAAUACACUCACCAUCAAAGGCGGCAAGGAACAUGCUCGUCGGCGCCGGAUCAUGGCCCAGGGAGUAUCGGAUAAAGCACAGCGUGGCUACGAGCAUCGAAUCUCGGCCCACAUCGCCAAGUUCUGCGAUGCCAUGUUUAGCAGCCGAAACAGGCCGGAGACGAAGAAUUCUCCCAGAAUGUGGAGUGAGCCAGCGGACAUGUCGUAUUGGUGCUAUUACUUGUCUUUUGACAUCAUGGCCGACGUUGUUUUCGGAGCACAUUACAACCUGCUCCACAACGAACAGUUCCGCUACGUGGUCGACUCGAUCGACCGCUCCAAUGUUCGCAUGUCGUUCCUCAUCCAGUUCCCUGAGUUUGCCAAGCUGAAGAUUGACAAGUAUAUCUUCCGUGACGCCAUUAUUGCGAGGAACCGCUUUAUCAAAUUUGUUACGCGGAUUGUCCGUGAGCGACUGGGUAAGGUCACGACCGCCGGCCCGGAGGACAAGACCAGCACCGAGGACGCAGAUGUCUUUGCCAACCUAGUCGCCGCAAAGGACCCAGAGAGCGGAAGAAGUUUCACGCUCAACGAGAUUGCCGCGGAAAGCACCACGCUGAUUGUGGCUGGAGCCGACACCUCGUCGGUUGCGUUCGGUGCCAUUCUCUUCUACUUGGCGGACAACAAGGAGGCCUACGACCGUGCUGCUGCCGAAGUGCGGAGCAAGUUCCGGUCGCGCGACGACAUUUGCAUGGGAGCCGCUUUGGCGUCUUGCGUCUAUCUGUACGCCUGCAUCAACGAAGCACUCCGCAUGUCGCCGCCUGUCGGCAUCGCUCUGUGGCGCGAGGUGGUGGCUGACAACGUUGUGCUUGACGGUCAGGCCAUCACCGCAGGUUGCGAUGUUGGCGUGCCGCUGUACUCGAUCCACCACGAUCCCAAAUACUACAAGAACCCCUUCGAGUACCGCCCAGAACGGUGGCUUGUGGAUGAUGGCACCGGGAGCGUGGAACGGGCGCGGUCUGCCUUCAACCCCUUUUCCCUCGGAAUGCGCAGCUGUCUUGGCAAGAGCCUCGCAACGACAGAGAUGGCCUUGACAGCGGCCACGGUAUUGUUCACCGGCGACUUCAGAUUUGCCGAGGGCGAGCAGGGCCUAAUUGGCCGGGGACGAAAAGAUCGGCCACUCGGCCGUCAUCGCCACAACGAGUAUCAGCUCUUUGACCAUAUUACUGGCCAAAAGAACGGCCCCUUUCUGCAGUUCUCGCCCAGGCCGCUGGACGACGCCAAUGGUAAUUGA